GUUUCACACUGUUGAUAGCAUACGUGAUAAGAAGUGUUUUCGUUUUCUUUACAUGGUUCGUGGGUGUACUUAUCUGCUUUUCUCAUCACAAUCAUACGAUUGUCCAGUCGUACACUAGCACAACGAAAAUUAGUUACACAAAAUAUUUGCAGCUAUGUCUCAAAGGCAACUGACCAUAUUGUACGGAAGCCAGUCUGGAACAGCCCAAGAUCUCGCCGAACAGAUCUGGCGUGAUAGCAAGUUGUACCAUUUGGGUGGCUCAGUUUCCGCUAUGGACGAUUACGACAUUUCACGGUUAAUCGAAGAACGAUUUGUAGUUUUCGUUUGUUCAACCUAUGGUCAAGGAGAAGAACCGGAUAAUAUGAAGCGUUUCUGGAAGUUUCUACUACGUAAAUGUCUUCCAACUGAUUCCCUACGAGGAAUGCAUUUCGGUGUGCUUGGAUUGGGCGACUCGCGGUACCCGAAAUUUAACUACGUAGCCAAGCGCUUGCACAAGAGGCUGCAGCAGCUCGGAGCUGGCGCGUUACUACCGGCUGGAUUAUGUGACGAACAGCAUGACCUUGGCUACGGUGCUGUAUUCAUGCCAUGGAUUAGCGAUUUCUGGAAGAAACUGAUGGAAGUUAUUCCCAUUCCGGUUGGACUAAGAAAACUAAACGAAAGUCCUCGUGAGUAUCGUUGGAAUGUGGAGAAAACUACUGAACCGCUGGUUGUUGAAGAACGAUUCGAUAUGUACGCGAGAACCAAAGUAGAUAAUGUAUUCGUUUCCGAGGUUGAAGAUAAUCGACGGACAACAACGGAAGAUCAUUUUCAAGAUGUAAGACUCAUUACAUUUCCGAAAAGAAAUGGAAUUUGGAAACCAGGUGAUGUGGUGUACGUAAGGCCACACAAUUCACCGGAAGAUGUUAGUAGACUAUUCGAAUUGUUCCUAGACCACAAUUUGGACUGGCAUAAGGAGACAGUGGUACUGUUGAAGGAAAUCGACUCAGAAAUGCCCGUCCCUGCCGUUCUCAACAGACCGCUAUCGUUUGAAAUACUGGCACAACAAUACUGGGAUCUCAGUGCUAUCCCACGUGCUCGUGCGUUUGCCGUUCUUGCGCGCACCUGUACUGACGAAUUAGAACGCGAAAAAUUGAAAGAAUUAUCCAGCUACGAAGGCCAGGAGGAACUUUACGCCUACGCCAACAGACCGCGGCGAACGAUUCUGGAGUUAUUACAAGAUUUUCCCCAUGCAUGCAGCGCGCUCAGUCUAGCGGCUCUGUUUGAACUGUUUCAACCAAUUAAACCGCGAGCGUUUUCCAUUGCUUCAUCUGCGGCUAGUGGGAAAUUGCAAAUUCUUGUAGCAGUAAUUGAGUAUAAAACUAAACUGAAACAGCCCAGACGCGGUCUUUGCUCGAACUGGUUAAAACGAUUACAGCCAGGAGACUCCCUCAGAAUGUGGACUCGAAAAGGAACAUUUGUACUUCCAACUGUUACCACUGUUCCCAUUGUGAUGGUUGGCCCCGGUACUGGAUUGGCACCAUUUCGCGCAGUAUUACAAGAGCGGGAACUAUUACUUGAACCUAGGAAAAAUGGCCCGUUAGUGUUGUUUUUUGGCUGUCGGAAUGCAAAAGCUGAUUUCCACUGCGAGGAAGAUCUAAGGCGAAUGGAAGGUUCCGGUAUACUUACAUUGUUCUGUGCCUUCUCACGGGAUCAAGAAGACAAAAUUUACGUGCAACAUAUACUGCGAACCCAGACUGAUUUGCUUCGUAAACUUUUGUUGGAACAAAACGGAUUGUUUUUGGUUUCUGGAAGCUCUAAAAAUAUGCCUGAAGCAGUUCGCGAAGCCCUAGGAGAAGCAAUCGGUAGUUCUUUGUAUGUAGAGGAAAUGAUGAAAAACGAUCGUUAUCAAGAGGAGACUUGGGCUUAAACUAAGUUUUAUUUGAGAAAAAAUGUUUUAUUAAUUUAUUUAGGGAAUACAUAACUAUUCGGUGAAACCCCAGACUUUCAA